AUGGCCACCAACCUGGGGAACUCGGACGAGCUCCUAAAAGAGUUAGACCUGAAAAACUACGUCACCUUGGUGAAGAGGUGUUUUAAAAAUGGGAUAAAAAAAGAGGAAGAGGACAUCUGCGCUCAGGACUUGAGGAAUCUGGCCAAGUGUCUUCCCAGAGUCUCCGGCGUGUGGUACGAUUUGCACAAGAACAGUUGGGAAGCCAGGUGGGCUGAAGGGACCAAAUCUGCAAGGAAGUAUUACUCAGUGCAAAAGUUUGGGUUCCAUGAAGCGAGGAAACUAGCCAUUAAGACCAUCAAGACGAAGGAAAUCAAUUAUAUAUACAAUACCAUUAAUGAAGAUUUUAACAAACCCCUCAAGUGGAAUUUAAAUAGUGAAUUCCUAGAGAUGAAUCAUGACCCCAUAAUUAACUUGAAGAGGAAAUAUAGAUCCCCUAGCUGUAAAGUCAGGGAGAAGAAGAUUAAAAAGGACCUCAGCAAUGGGAACAGUGUUAGUAGAAAGGAUAAAGGUGAAAAGAAAAGUGCCCCUCAAACGAGGGGGUUGAGAAGGGGACAUGGCCAUUACAGCUCUGCCGCGAGUUGCAGCACCUCGGCGAAAAGUGGACCCCACAAAUUGGAGCAGCAGAAUGGCAGCUGGAGGGACAGACGAGACGGGAAAAAAGCACUAAAUGGGUUACAUCCACAUGGCAUCACCAACGACGACGGGGAAGAUCAAAGUGAAGCUUCGUACCUCUUGGACGGCAAUAUUUCCAAACUGAGAAGCGAUCAGCGGAUGGAGGACAUUUCUACCCAGCAUGUCGUAGAAGGUAGUCUCUCCAGUACUUGUCUGAAGCGGAAGGAGACAUCAGCAAACACCGAAACGGAGUUGUCUACAGAGGGAAAAUCACAGCUUCUUCUUCAUAUCGAUGAGUGCAAUGGUACGUGCCUGAGUAGAGAAGACCCUUUGGGGAAGGAGAACCGAUGCAUCAUCAACGAAAAGGGAAAGAAUCCCUCCAGUGUAGACAGUCUCAACGGUCACAUUAACCGAGUGAGCGAUUAUCCUACACCCCCCAUACGUACCCCCAGCGACAGUGAUAAAAUGGAGGAGAACAAUUCCAGUAAGCAAGGUAGCGAUAAAACAGACAAGUUAGGGAACACACUCCAGAAAGAUACACUCCGCAAAAAAGAAAUCACCAACUGCAAUAAAGACAUAAAAGGGCAAGACAAAACAAACAUGGGGAAGUUCCCUGGCAACAAAAUCCUGAGCUACAUGAGACAAAACAAAAAAACGAAAAAUAAAAGCACCCUGUAUGUCAAACAAAGUGGACUCCUAAAGAUGAACUUAAAACAAUCGCCAAGUAAGAUGUUCAGUAGGGAACAUAGCUCCGGGUGGAACCGAAAGGAUUUUAAAAAAAAAAGUUUCCUAAUUGAGAAAACGGCAUGCAUAAAUGGGGGUGCCCUUUUUGUUAAAAAAAUUAAAAGUUGCAAUCACCCGGAGGGGAAGAAGUGCAGGAAUUGCGACCUCAGGAGGAAGCAGCUGAGGGGCCUGCGCGAGCACGGUUCACUCUUGAUUUCGAGCGUGCUCCCAAACGGUGGAGAAACCUUCAAUGGGGGAGAAAGCUCCAACGGUGGAGAAACCUUCAAUGGGGAGGAAUCCCCCAACGUGGACCUGAUGGACCAACUCAGCCCGGACGAGGGCUCCCCCACUGAUGACGAGAAGGACGCGCAAAACGGCGAGGAAGGGGGUGAUAGGACGAGUAAACAGCCGGGUACCCUAAAGGAAGAAGCAAAGAGGGAAGAAGCACAGAGGGAAGACGCGCAAAAGGAAGACACACAACAGGGGCGCACACAACAGGGGCGCACACAACAGGAGUACCCCCAAAAGGAAUAUACGAAAAAAGAAAACACCCCAUUGAGCAUCCCACGUGGUGAAAAGUCGCAGAAGAUGAAGUGCCGCGUGGAAAUUAACUUAAAGGAAGUCAUUCAUUCGGACACGCUAAGCAUAUUCAAAAAUGCAAUUAAUUUACUGUUAAACGAUUUGAAGUGCAAAUGUGUGCCUCACUUGGACAAGCAGUUUCUGAACAUCCUGGAGAUCAUCGAUAAUCACAUCAGCUACGUAAAUUCCAUGCUCAGUGAAAACAUUUUAAUCACUUAUGUGCACUUAUUUGACAUUUGUGUGUCCAACAAUAUUUUGCCAAGUCAAAUGGACCAAAACAUACAGAAGGUUUUCUGCAAUGCGCUGAUUGCGUUUCAUAUUCUCCUUUUUAAUUUCUUGAGGGAUAAGCGGGGCUAG